AUGGCUCUCAGGCCAAUUGGCUGGAUAUGUGGGGAGAUGGUCAGGAAGUUUGCUGGACAAGCCGAGAUAAUACAGAGAAUCUUCCUGGAAAUUAUAGAUGAAAUUAGGGACGAAUUCCCAAACUUAUUGAGACUGUCAAGUUCAAACCAGCAAGGAGAGACUGUUGUGAAGGAGUCCAGGUCUGUGGUGGCCAAGGUCUUCUCUUCAUCUCAUGGAAGAGUCAUUGUGAAUGGUCUAAAUAAACUAUCAGGGUCUUCAAAGUCAAUAGCUAAACUUUUGCAGCCACGACUUGCUAGAAAUUUUGCCGAGCUAAAUGCGAUUUCUAGCCGUCUCUUGAAAAACAUAAAUACUCUCAAACAGCCUUUGUAUAAAAUGAAGGACAGAAAUCUGUUCUUUUAUGAUGUCAUUUCUUACCCAGCAAAGACCGCCCUCACUGGCGUGAUGUGUGCUUCUUAUGCAGCGCUAAUUUAUCUGGCAAUCGCCAUUAGUAAAAUCCUGGAAAAAUUAAAAAGGAUUAUUCAAGGAGAAAAUAUCUCCAUGGAAAGCAGCACCAACGGUGUCAAUGAAGAUGCAUUUCCCAGAGCUGCUGAAGCAGCAAGCCACUCUGCACCUUCCACCAUGCAGCAAGUACCUUCCGAGUGUUCCAUUAAGGGACCAAGGAACAGCCGCAGCAUCUAUACUCUACUUUCCGCGCUGGAUUCCGAAAAUGAACGUUAA